GGGACAUACAUUAUGGAAGAGCAGGUGCUGGGUCUGUGGGUGGGGCAUCAGGAUGUCAAUCAUCUCUCUCAACCAAUCACCAUCACCUUCAGGAGGCCACCCAAUGCAAGAACUGAUGAUGGGCGGUGUGUGUUCUGGGAUGAAAGCAACGAGAACUGGAGUUCUGAAGGAUGUGUGAUGUCAAAUCAAACGGAGGAGGAGUUUGUGUGCAGCUGCAACCACCUGAGCUUCUUUGCUGUGAUGCUGGUGGGAUUCUUCAAACGCAACCGGCCUCCAUGUGAUGAUGAUGAUGAUGAUGAUGAUGAUGAUGAUGAGGAGGAGGAGGAGGAGGAUGUUCAGCAUCUCAACCCUGAGACCACGUAUGAGAGUGUACAGCCAUCCCAGCGCACCCGAAUCCAAACACAGACUGAAGGCAUGCCAAGAUAUUUUGUUGUUGUAAAUGCUUCAAGAAAUAUUCUGUAUUUUCGUUAAAAUGAUCAUCUGUAGACACCUAGACAAUGUAAAUGUUCUCUAUUGUAUGUAUGCAACCAUUCAACUAUUGUUACUUUGUAUAUCGUGCCAUGCAUUGAUUUCAUCCUUUGUCUCUACAUACUUUUUUGGUAUAAGUCAAGACACAAAUACAAUAUUAAAUGCUCUUUCACGGCAGAAGAUGGAAUGAGGCCUUUUCUAUCCUACUUUCAAAGCCA